AUGGAAGCGGACAAAGAUAAUCGACCCCACAACUCCAAUCACCAUCUCCAUCGCCCCACCACCGCCAGCUGCAAUAGUAGCAGCAGUACAGCGGGGGAGCUGUUGAUCUGCUUCAGCACUUCCCGCCUCUCUUCCUCCUCCAUGAAGAUCUCAUCCUCCAAAUCCAUCCUCAGCCCCGGCCGCCGGCCCUCUUCCCGAGACCAGCAACAUCAGGCUUCUCUCUCCACCUCCCUCAGCCGCCGCCUCCGCACCAACGGCAGCAUCAAGGGCGGAGCAGGCCAGGCUUCCCCGAUGUUCCCCGCCGCCGGCGGGGGAGGGAAGAAGCGGGGAUGCGGGUUCGACAACCCGGAGCCUUCUUCCCCUAAGGUCACUUGCAUAGGCCAGGUCCGGGUGAAGACCAAGAAGCAGACGAAGAAGCUGCGGGCCAGAUCUCUGUCGAGGCCGCCCCCGGCGACGCCUGGCCGCGAGGGGAGUUUCAGGAGGCUGGAGCGCGGGAUCAGCGACGGGAACGCCGCUGCCGCCGCCGAGUCCGUGUUCCACCAGCAGAGCGAGUUUUCGCAGCAGCGGAACCAGAGGUGGGUGCAUCUUCCUCUAACGAUUUGCGAGGCUCUUAGAACGUUUGGAUCUGAGUUCAACUGUUUCUUGCCCUGUCGCUCCUCGUCGUGCCUUGCCGGCGGCGGGGAGAGUAAGGAGAAGGAAGAAGGGAGAACGGCGGUGGCUGUGUCGAGGGGGAAUGAAUCUAACGACGGGGGAUCCUGCGGGACGGUGUUUGCGCGGUGGCUUGUGGCCGUGCAGGAGAGGGAUGUGAAAGGGAGGGAGAUUGAGUUGGUGGCGGAAGAACAGGCGGAGGUUGAAGAAGAUGAAGAUGAACUGUACAGUAGCCCGGAGAUGCGGCGGAGGAGCUAUAGAAGGUACCAUGGAUUUGAGAAGAUCGAUUUCGAUCUGAAGCCGGAAGCACACGAAGGAGAAGAAUCGAGGAUGAGCAUUUGCAUUCCCCCUAAGAACGCUCUGUUGCUUAUGAGGUGUAGAUCUGACCCUGUGAAAGUGGCUGCUCUCGGAAACAAGUUCUGGAACCCUCCCGAUGCCGACGAAGACGACGGCCGCGGAGGAAACCAUGGAGAAGAAGAUGCAGCACCUCCCCCGCACCAGGAAGAAGAAGCAGAAGCAGCAGCAGCAGAAGGAGGUGGUGGUUUUGUAAAUGUAGCUGCAGAAGCGGUUGAAAUGGACGAAAUAAUAGUUGAGGGUGACGAGCAGGGAACUGAUUCGAAGUCCGAUGAGGAAUCCAUGGCGGAGGACUCCCACCUAGUUCAAGAAGAAUCGGCAACUGAUGAUGAACCAGCUUUAGCUCAAGUUUCAGCAGACGGCGAAGAGAUUCCGGUGCCGAGGCUAGAGGUGGAAUCAGUGGCGAUGUCAACCUCCGAUGGAGAAACGCCGAUCGAUGAAUCUACCUACGAAGAGAUCUCAGAUCUGGAGAAGCCGUCGGCUGUAGAUAAUGAUGAGGAAAUAAUGGCAGUUCAGGCCAAUUUAACCGGCGGUGAAGGAACAUUAAUGGCGGAAGAUCCCGAUUCUGAGUCGGCGGCACAGCAAGAAGUAGUAACUGCUCAGGAGCCAGAACCGGCGGUGGAAGGGGUAGAGAGUCCACAUUUGGCGGCGGCGGAGGAGGAGGAGGAUGAAGAACCGGGUAUCAAGGGAUCCGAACCCGAUGACCCGAAGACGGAAGGUCCGAGUCCAACGGGUCAAAAAUCAAAGGAGAGAGAAAACAACAAGAAUAAUAAUAUUACGCCGCUUUUACCGGAUUGCUUGCUGUUGAUGAUGUGCGAGCCCAAGCUGUCGAUGGAGGUUUCCAAGGAGACAUGGGUCUGCAGUACGGACUUCAUCCGAUGGCUGCCGGAGCCGUCGAGGGCAGUCGCGGUCAAGAAAAUCAAGGGCGGAGAUUCGUCCAGCGACAAGAAGACGGUCAGCGUUGACGUGGCGGUCUCCGAGCCGGUCAACAAAGCCGAGAUGCGAAAGAGCGGCUCGCUGAAGGCUCAGCACCAUCAGCCGCCGAGGUCUUCCUGCUCGUAUCCGGCGGCUCAGCCGCUGGCCUGGCGGCCCGGCGCGGAGUCGACGGGAUCGGGACUGGAGAUGAAGCUGAAGAGCCGCGGCAGCGGCAAGGCGUACGACUACGAGCUGCCGCUGAUGCUGAAGCGGUGCAAGUCGGAGCCGAGGAACGCGGCAGCGAAGCUGGCUCCGGAGGCUUGUUGCUGGAAGAACAGGAAGCUGGAGCCGCACCGGCUCGGAAUCGGCGCGGCUGGGGUCGGUUUCUAG